GCAAAUUUAUUUAGAAAUAUUUCAAAGUGUACUUGCUUAAAGAAUAAAUUGAUUUAUUCUUCAUCACUCAAAAAAGCAUGAUAUUUAAGAUUCUUUUUCCUGCAAUAAAAAACUACGCAUUAUCCAAAAAUCUUUCGGAUGUGAAGAGAAAGUAAAGACAUCUUUCCUUCUUCAGAGAUACUACAACCAACAGUAAUUUAGCGAAUAAGAACAAGCUAAGAUAUUUUUAAAUGCUGUAGAUGACAUAUUCUUGGUGAAGUUAAUAAAGCCGAUGGUAAAUCAGUUUAGCUAAUAAACUGACGUCGCAUAAGUCAAAAGUUUUGUACGCAUAAACAAUGCUGCGCUCUUUCAUGGAAUAACUUUCUAUUGAAAAUGGUCACUUGACGUAAUAGGUUCACACAUUUUAAAUAAUAUUGGUACACGCUAUCAUCAUGGAUAAAAAGACGUCUUCAUCCGUACAGCCACGAAUUUUGAAAAAAAAACACUUUCGUGUUAAACACCAAAAAGUCAAGCUUUUUCGAGCAAACGAGCCUAUACUUAGUGUAUUUAUGUGGGGAGUCAAUCAUACGAUUAAUGAACUUAGUCACGUAAACAUACCUGUAAUGUUAUUGCCGGAUGAUUUUCGUGCUUUCUCAAAAAUCAAGGUUGACAAUCAUUUAUUUAAUAAAGAAAACAUGCCAUCACAUUUUAAGGUAAAAGAGUAUUGUCCACUGGUAUUUCGGAAUUUACGCGAGCGUUUCGGAGUCGAUGAUGUUGAUUAUCGUGAGUCGCUUACUCGCUCUCAGCCGAUACGAAUUGAAUCGUCUGGAAAAUCUGCGGCGCAGUUUUAUGAGAGCUAUAACAAAUUCUUCAUAAUAAAAAGUUUGACCUCGGAAGAGAUUGAACGUAUGCAUGCGUUUUUGAAACAAUAUCAUCCAUACGUCGUUGAACGGCAUGGUAAUACCCUAUUACCACAGUAUUUAGGUAUGUACAGAAUAAGCGUGGAAAGUGUUCAAUAUUAUUUUGUGGUAAUGAGAAAUGUAUUCAGUUCACAUUUAACAAUUCAUAAAAAAUUCGAUUUAAAAGGAAGCACAGUAGAUCGGGAAGCAUCAGAGAAAGAAUUAGAGAAGAAUUUGCCUACUUAUAAGGAUAACGAUUUUAUAAAACAAAAAGUACGUGUAGAAAUCGGGGAUGAUGCCAAAAAGAAGCUUAUGGACUUACUCGCAAACGAUGUCGAGUUACUUACCAAAUUGCACAUUAUGGAUUAUUCAUUGUUAGUUGGCAUUCAUGACUGUGUGCGUGCUGAAGAAGAAGCUCUCCAUAGUGAGAUUGCUCAAGGCACUGGACGAAGCGAAAACAGUGAAAGUGAAGAAUGCGACAGCGGCGAGAGGUGGACUUAUAAUACACCUCCAGAUUCACCUAGAGGCGCGCAAUAUAAGGAAGUUGUAUACGAAGUGGAUAUGUAUGCCAUUCCAAGUAUAGAAGAAAGACGAGAAAUAUAUUUUAUUGCUAUAAUUGAUGUCCUCACUCAAUAUGGUGUAAAAAAACAGGCAGCAAAAGCCGCUAAGACUGUGAAAUACGGAAGUAAUGUUGACGGAAUUUCCACAUGUGAUCCUGAACAAUAUGCCAAAAGAUUUGUGGAAUUCAUGGAUAAAGCCAUGGAAUAAGUUAUACAUUAUUUAUACCAGCAUUAAUUCUAUAGAAAAUACAUAAAUUAAAUCAUUGUAAGGGUUUUAAAAAGAAUUUGAAAAUGUUAUCCCUACACACAUUACGAUGUUACGAUACACAAAUUACGCAAGAGUGAAUAAUAACAUCUAUAAUCGUAAAUACCAAUUGCUUUAUAACAACCAAUAUUUUUAUCACACACUUUUGCUAUUUUACGUAUCAUUUUUAAAAACGUAUUGAUUUUUCCUUCUUGCUGCUGUAAAUAAAAUCAGUAAAAAACAAAUUUUAGCAUAUUCAGAACUUUUCUAAAUGCAAACGCCUUUAACCGUUUAUAAGAUGAUAAUAUACUAA